CAGGGAAAUUAGAAGUCAGUUAACAUAAGCGUAUACUCAGAGUGAGCAUUAGAGGGCUUUUCUAAACCACCCAAGUCUGCUGAAAUUGAAGACGCAGAAGAAAUCAGAUAGUCUGUAGGAAGUUUAGAUAUAAAACCAACAGUAAGAAAGCAUUUUCUCUUGGCAGACCGAUUAGCUGUGCUUAAGGCAGCAUGAAUCCUGUACUUAGUACCUUGUUGUUUUCAGUGCUUCUGCUGCUGACCCACAGAAUUCAGGAGCUGGUGGAGGCGUGCAGCUGUGCCCCUGCUCAUCCGCAGCAGCUCAUCUGCGAUUCUGCUUUAGUGAUUCGAGCAAAAAUAUCCAGUGAAAAGGUGGUUCCUGCCAGUGAUGAUCCUCUCGAUACCCACAAAAUGAUCCGGUAUGAAAUCAAACAAAUAAAGAUGUUUAAAGGAUUUGAAAAGCUCAAGGAUGUCCAGUAUGUCUAUACUCCCUUUGAUUCAUCACUCUGUGGAGUGAAACUAGAAGCAAACAACAAAAAACAGUACCUUUUGACAGGCCAGAUUUUAAAUGAUGGUAAAGUCUUCAUCCAUUUAUGCAACUACAUUGAACCAUGGGAUGAUUUAUCCUUGUCUCAAAAGAAGAGUCUUAAUCAGAGAUAUCAAAUGGGCUGUGGAUGCAAAAUUACUACCUGCUACAUGGUGCCCUGCUCAAUCACUGCACCAAAUGAGUGCCUCUGGACAGACUGGCUGAUAGAAAGAAAGCUAUACGGGCACCAAGCCAAGCAUUACGCCUGUAUCAAGAGAAGUGAUGGCACUUGCAGCUGGUACCGAGGUGGCCCUCCCCCAGAGAAAGAGUUUAUUGACAUCAGCGAACCUUAAAGUGAUCACUUCCUAAAAAGCCUUGGAGUCUAAUUCCAUCAAAAAUUGCACGCUCACAGCUUUGAACUGCUAUCGUCUAAUGUAUCCAUUGCUUAGAAACAAAACCAAAUUGACCUGUAAAGCUAAAGUAUGAGUCUUUGGAAUUGGCACUCAGGCAAGAAGAGGAACAAAUCUCCCUGGAGAUAGCUACUCCUUAAAUCCUGCUUUGUACAGAGAGGCUCAAACUGAGAAUGCUGCUCUGUGUUUCAUAAGGCAUAACAAGUUUCCUUUUUUUACCAAUAUGAAUGUAUGAGAACAUAAGAAUGGUCAGAAAUCUGUCCCUAUUUCUGCUAACCUAUAGAUCAAAAGAGCUCCACAUUUUAUUUCAAAUCAUUCUGAUGAACUAAUGAAUGUUUUAUAGAACUAUUUUUUUCCCAUUUGAAAGUCUUCUGAUACAAAAGAAUUAUUGUACAGUGUAUAUGUAAAAUAUUUUAACAAUCUGCUAUAAAAGAUUCAGAAAUCCCUGUUUUUUCCUUACCUUUUGAAACAAGUUGAACACUUCUGUGAUUAAAACAAUCUAUGCUCCACAUUUUGUUUGUUAAUUAUGUCACAGGUUUCUUUAAGUACCGAGUUGUAACAUUCAUUGAUAAUUAAGUUAAAACACAAAGUCGAUAAUCAAAAUCCCAAUAUCCAACUCAAUAUUCUACAAGGUAUAGCUAGUCCGUAGGAAAGUAAAGGCAGAUGUUCUAAUACUUCAGUAUUUAAUGGAAUCAACCCAAAUAACAACAGGUGAAAACUGCUUACACGUUUACAGAAACCUUGUCCAUCAUCACUGCAGCUGUAGUAAUUAAUAGUGCCUCUCUAAUUAUGUGACUAGAGCAAUUUAUUUCAGUGCUUUUAAAGCCUUGGCUUCAGAAACUCACAUAAAAGUAAAUGCAAAGAUAUUUAAUAACUUACACUGCAAGAGAUUUCUAAAAAGCUCUCAAAUAUUUGACCAUAUUUAAUUAUAAAUUAAAUUUACAUUAAUGAUUUUUCAUUCAUGAAUGCUCAUUGUAAUCUGUCAUAAUGAGUUUGGCAACUUGUGAACUUAUCCUAGAGUUACAACAGUUUGCCUUCAAUUUUUUUCAGGGCUUUAACUAUUAAGAAUUGAUUACAGUAGUUAAUAGCCAGUCUCUAUGUAAGUUUAUACAUAUAUAUAAGUUUACAAAAGCAUCUCAAUUCACAGUGGUAAAACUGCAGAAGUUAUCUCAUUCAGAGCCAAAGUUUAGACCGCUGUUCAAGUAGUGCUCGUGUUCUAGAAACUGGAUGAGAACCAUGAUCCAAGUUAUGGAUCCUAUGUUUUAAUCUAAUUUUCUUUAUUGGGUUUCUUGAAAAUCAUUCCAAUUUUGCCUAAGGAUUACUCUCUCAUAUUACUCACAUAGGAAUUUAGAACUGCAAACGUUGCAAAACCAACAGGAACACUCGGCAUUAUUCCUUUGAGGGAGAGUUGCCUAUGUCCCUUAGUAGGGACAUAAAUGUUGCCUGUCAUUUUUAUUUACAGUCCUAAAUUAAAACAUCAUACAUUUGUGUUGCCAAAUACAAUGCCAAAACUGUUUUCUGUUUUGCUGAAGACAAAAAAUUACCAGUUGGGCAGUUUUGGCCAUUGCCAUACAUGUGUGCACACAACUACUUACCUAAGGGAAAUAUGAAGGCCACUCUUCUUCCAACUGAUAUUACAAAGACAACAUUGGCAGUGCUAAUUGCUGCUAGUGCUUUGCAUUUAUAUUAACAGUUCACAGAUUGAAGAAAAGAAAAAACAGCAACAAAAAAGCCAGGCAUAAAUUCCUGCUGUCAAGCCAAAACAAUUCAUAGACAAGUCUGGGAAAGAACCUUGAUAACGAUACAAGGUCCAAAUCAAGCACAUGGCUAGUUAAUAUUUCACACAUGGACAGUACAGCAUUUGUUUUCCUGAAGUAUUUUGAUGUAAUGGUGCAUUUUGAAUAUCACAGCAGAAAACAGAUAUUUUCUGCUUUUAAAUGAAACAUAGUUCUGUUUCUUUUUCAGUUGUAUAGUAAGUAGACCUUAAACUGAACUAACCAAACUCUCAUUGUCUUCUUUGUAGACGCUGUAAAAAUAAAUGUUUUCUUCAGUAUUUAUGAACAAACUAUAACAUGAAUUGUAUGUUAUAAUGAGUUUUUAAAAUGUUUUAUAUUUGAUCUGCCAUAAACUAUCCAAUCUGAAGUGUUUCAAAAUUAUUGGCUGUCCAGUUUGAUUUCUGUCUGAACUCAAAUCUUGCCAAACUUCCCAUAAUGGAUGAUAAAACAGAUGUUGGUUUUUUUCAUAUCAAUAAAUAUUUCAAGAAAAGAUUUUAUGAAAACCAAACCCUCUCAAAAUGAUUUCUUAUUUUCCCUGAAAAACUGAUGAAGAUUAUGAAAAAGAUUAAGUAGUGCUGAUUUCUGGAUGUUACUUUCCUAGAUACAGAUUUAUUUUUUACAGCAGUGGCAUUUGUUAGGAAGGUCAGAGCAGAAAAUACAGCCUGGUACAACAUUCUAUUUUAAUUUGAAAAUGACUCAUGUGACUUACAAUUAGAGAAAAGAUCAGGUGGAUGCUGGAAAAAUAAAAUCCUUAAAUAUUGCUGGUGUUUUUUUUUUUUCUUUUGACUCAAUGUUUUGGUUAAGUUUUAUUAAAAUGCCCAGCAAUUACAGUGAAGAAUUUUUUUUCCUGAUAUAACAUAGGAGGUGGGAAUGUAGUGAAAUAAAGGGAACUAAUUACUGAGGAAAAGGCUGUAAAUAUGACUCAACUAGCAAUGAGUUCAGAAAGCUUUACAGCAUUUUGUAUAGUUCUAAUCAAUUUGAGAUGAAUGUUUCUGUUUCAAGAAGUGUUUCUUUAAAGCAGCUCCAGUUUUACACAAAAGAAUGGCAUCAUUGUUUAUUUACCUUUUACUGCUGCCUGAAGACUCAGUACAAACGAUCACCAGAGUAUGAAAGAAACAAAAAAAAACCAGAAGCACAACUGGCAUGCUCAGCCAAAAACUCAAUUCACAGAUCCACAGUUUUCCCCUGCUCUCCCCCUUGCUCCUCAGUGGGUUGAAGUGGAUGAAAGGAACUCUAGCUUGUGAUUUGGGGGAUAAGACAUGAAUGAAUGAGCACAAAAGGAACUACAAAAAGUUAAAACAGUAAAAAUCAAAUUCUGUAAAAGUAAAUGCAAACAAGGCAGGCCAUAAAUAGCGUUUAAAAGUAAAAAUUCAAAUAGCAUAUUAUUUCAAUUUAUUAACUAAGAAACUAACGAUAUCAGAAUUAUUUUACCACCUAUUCUAGAAAUCCAAAUAAAAAUGCUAUCUAAUGUGAUACUGACUGAUUAUUUUUCAAGUCACAAAGUUCCCAGAAUUUCAUCAGAAGGCAAAACCACACAAAUGAUCUUCAGCAUAAUUAUAUGUUACAACAUAUUUGAAUGACAUACAGCAAUGCAAUACUGAAGCAGAGAAUAAUUUCUCUAGAUUAAUAUUCAUUGCAUAAAAAAAUAUGUAAAAAAUUUACUCAAAUGUGGAGAGUAGAGGCAUUCAAAAGUUUGAAUAAAAGACAAAUGACUUAUCAGUUCUGACAUUAAUAAGCACCAUAGAGGAAAAAAAUACCCAAAGGGAAGGAGAAGGGAAAAAACAUCCCAACAUUUUUCAUACUCCGCUAAACAAGCAAAAUAUGUCAAAUGAAUGCAUAAACCUUUUUGGUGUUUUAUUACAAAAUUUCAAUUCAGUUAGUCGUUGAAAAAUAGUGUGAAUUGCCUCUAUCAAAUAGUGUUAUUGUGCUCUUGGUAUCUGUUGCAGUUUCUACUGAAUUAAAUAGCAGGCAUUACAUUCAGAGUUUCUUAGUAAAACUAAGAAAUACCUUAAAAGGUCUGUUUUUUCAAUAGGACAAUGACUAGUAGCUGAUAAAAUAAUGAAGUACAAUUACUUUUGUGUAGGAAAUCAUAGAAGAGCAUUAAUCUUGGCCAUUCUAAGAAUAAUAGUAGAUAUAAAAUGCAUAGCAUUAAAGAAAGAAAACAUAUUGCAAAACAAAAGAGGUGGUUCUACUUCUACUAUUAUUGAUGCAUCCCCAAGACAUAAAAAUAUACAUUUUAUGAAACUGGUUUUCCUGACAAAUCCAUCAACAGAAACAUCUUUCAAUUCCCAAAGUAUUGACUAUACAGAACUAGAUCUGCUACUCCAUAUCAGUAACAAUUCUCCUUUGACUCCACAAAGCUUCUGUGUAUACAUAUGCUACAUAGGUGUAGCAAUGGCUAUUUUCCUCAGUUUCUUAUACAAUAAAAGAGUAACAUCUGUCAGUCAAUAGUCCAAAGGACCAGAGAGGAGAACUGGAUAAGUCUGAAGUGCCAUCUAUGAUGAUGGAGUCUUAAUCAAUAUCAAAAUGGAAAAAGCAGUCACAGCUUGAGGACCUUAAAUAAACAGCUAACUAAUGCAUUUAUCAGGAUGUUGCAGUGGUACCUGAUGCACUCGAAUCUCAGCUGUGCAAUAGAUGGUGAAGGGCAAGAUCAGGAUUAUAUACUAAAAAUAUCUGAUGCCUCCAUACAACUUUAUACCCUCUCUCAAGGAAGAUAUUUCCCCAAGAAAAAAAUACACUCAGGAAAGAAUUUCUGUUUAGAAAACACAUGAAAAGAAUACAAAUGUGUCCUCCAGCAUAAGAUGUGUUUUCUUUAGGUUAUGUGGAUUCUGCAUAUGCAGGCACAAAAAUAAUCACAGUUGCAUGUUCAUCAGCAAGUUGGAAACUAUGCUUACAUCCUGCCAGACCAGUUUCAAGAAAACAGUCACACUGAUGCACCCUCUUCCAAUCUAUCUUCAAAAACAACUUGAGGACAAAGGAAACUACUUCCAUCUAAAGAUCGAAAAUUUGUAGGGUAAUUUUAUUUUAGGAAAAUGUUAAGUGAAGAUCACAAGUGUCACUUUAAUGAGUACCUUUAUAUGUGUAAAGGGCUGGAAAUCAAACAACAUCAGCUCAGGUACAUGAACACAUAAGUCACAAACACCCUAAUUUUAGGUAAGUUCAAAGUUCUACAGUUGUAGGCACAUCAUCUAGAUAAAUAAUGAACUCUUCAAACAUAUGUUAAAAAAUUAGUUUGAAGCAAAACAUAAAAGUAAUCCUUGCACUUUAAUAGUUGCUCUUUUUACAGCCAUUUAAUGUCUUGAAGUCUGAGGCUGAUGAGUUGAAAAAUUAGCCUUUAGAUCUGAAAAUCUUCAUUUAGCCACCACAAUGCUUUCAAGUGAUCACCACAUCUCAUCCCUCUGAAAGCUACCAAAAUAGCUUUUAAAAUAGAUAGUAAAUGAGAAAUGGAUCAUGUGUGUUCACAGUCACUAUUUAACAGAGACAGGUAACUAAUGUAGUACUGGUACUUGUACAUACCAUUUCCUUGUGGUUUGGAUAGAACGUUUGCUCAAUUAACGGGAACUUUUCCGGACCCAGAGUUUUGUAGACAGACACCAGCUGGGCAAACUGUAAAGCAAGGCAAAACAGAAUCUCAGAAGACCAAUCACAUUCUGCUGAAGGGUUCUUAUACCAUCGUCUAGCUUUUGGUCUUCUGUGUUUCAUAAACUCAGCAUAAAAUACACAAACAACAUCUAAUUUCUCUUACUUCUACACAUCUUUUUAAUCCACCGAAGCUAUGACAUCUUAUACAGAGAAAAAAAGAACAGUAUCUCUAAGAAUUAACCCUCACACCUACAUGAAAUGAAAUAAAUUGGAAUACUGAUUUUCAGACACCUCAUAUUCUGCAUAUUUUAAGCUGACUUUGUGAUGAAGUCAUUAUAAUACUGCAUUUCCUACCAUAUUCAAUCCAAAGAUCAAAUAUAUUUCACAUUAAUUUUUCUUCUGGCACUUCGGUGACACUGAAAGGCAAUUUUGCAAAAUUGGAAAGCAGAGAAAAGCAAUAACUAACUGUGUGUCAUAUACAAGUCAGAUGAAGAGGAAACAAGAGAAUUUUGAUUUCCUAGGCUCUAGCCAUGUACCUUAUCCACAUAGCCAUUCUUCCACAGUCUUCAAUCAACAGCAAUGUUGAUAAUUUAAACAGUUAUGUGUUCUAUUAACUUUUUCUCUCUGGGCCCUUCCCUCAAUGCAUAUCCACUCUACCUAUAAUGUAGACAGUAGUAAGAACACAAAAAGCCAAGCAACAUUUAAACACAAAAAUGCAAUCUUCUAUUAAAUAGAAACGUAUUUAAGGGCUGUUCUCUUUAGUGAGCAGAUCAGCUCUUUUGCUCUAACAGUUCAAAAACCGAAAGCUCUUGAAAUUACAGCUUAGCAAAUGAGGUUUCUAGGGAGCAAGAUGACUUUGGCAGUCAGAAGACCACUAUUGUUUCAAGACUCCAAAGCUCUGGCUUGUACAUGCCCAUGAUGUGUUUAGUUGUCAUUAUGCCAACAUGAGACAUAAACAAAUUAGCACAACAGUUUGAAUAGUGGGAUUUGCUGGUUACAAACAGGAAAAAAGCAAAGAACAAUACAAGUCUGUCUGUGAUGCGGUAUGAUCAAAUGCUCUGCUAAUGCAAUUGAGGGUGAAGGGAUAGUAAAAACCAUUUAAAGGGAAAAAAAUGAUGAAAGCUUUGCAUUGCAUAUCCAGCUGGCAUAAAAAAAUUUGUUUAAUUUAGUGGUGUUUACUUAGGUUUGGUAAAACACGUAUUUAAAUUUUGAAGGCCAGUGGAAAAUACCUUAACGAUGAAUAGUUUUCACCAGAAACCUAAAAAAUUCUAGUUGGAUAUGUGCUGUAGAAAAAAGACCUCAAGGAAAGGAAAUAUUAUCACAGCUACCAAAAUAAGGUGGUUUGCAAAUAGGAUUCCUGGCAACUUACUAUUUAUUCCUGUCCUUAUCCAAGAUCCAAAUUUAAAAUUUCAUGAUGAAAUACUGUCUAUUAAAUACACGAUUUUAGCCAAACCAUUAUGUUAAAAUAAAUCAUUUAGUAAUAAAUCUACUCUUAUGUAAAAUUCUUUUUUAAAAAAUUAUUUGUAGGAUUUCCUGUAAUUCUUUCCUGAUUUUUUUCCCCGUUUUUACUGAAAGAUGGUGAGAAAAAUGACACUCUUUGUGGAGAUAAUGACAUCCAUUCAAGACAUAAGAAAACUGUAUUUCAUAUCAAUGCUAACAAAUGUUUACUUACUUAAAAUAGUACUAACCACACGUAAUACACAUGUAUCACUCUGAAGUACAUAUAAUCUAGUAGUUAAGCUAUGGAAUAGCACAUAGGAAAAGUACGUUUAAAUAUCCUGAGGCAGAGAAAAUAAACAAAGUCAGAUACCCCACAGAAAUGGGGGCUGAUUUAUCCCUAUUCCCUACUGGAUCUCUGCUUCACUCACGUCUACAAUUUUAGGAAUUUCUUGUUGAACUUUAUCCCUAAGUAAGUGAUUUGAUAAACUCAACCCAAAUUCAGAUAACAGUUCUGGCAUUUUAAUUGUACAUCCAUAAACUACUGAUUGUUUUUCCUGCUUUCCUUGAAUCCUACUGGGCAACUCAUGAAAAACAAAAUUAACCAGAAUUUCAUUAAAACAGAAUAGCAAUUAGAUGUGAUCUAGACUACAUUUUCUAUAUUUUCCUUUUGAGCAGUUAAACCAAAA